GGCCCGGGCUGGCUUGGCGUGAGGGCGGGCGCCGGCCUCUCCAGCGCUCGCUGCUGGCUGUGUGUGCGGGGCCCGCCCGGGAGCGGAGAGCGGGGAGCCGAGCGGGGCCCGGGGCAUCCCCUCAGCCAUGCAGACCCGGCGGCGCCUGCUGCCUCCCGCGAAUCAAAUAGAACGUACUGAUUCAGCAGAAGUGGCUGAUUGUGCAGCAGUCAUCAUGAAUAGGCACAGGGUCAUCUGUUUCUUAACACAUGUAUAAGAUAAAAAGGUUCAGACAAGGAACUGGGUGGUAUUUUCUGACAAAUGGAGAACUAUUUCCAAGCAGAAGCAUAUAACCUCGAUAAGGUUUUAGAUGAAUUUGAACAAAAUGAAGAUACUGCCGUUUCACCUACAUUAUUGGAUGCAAAGUGGAAUCAGGUUCUAGAUCCCCCUUCUCAUCGGCUGUCAUGUAAUCCAGCUCUGUCCAGCGUGCAUGAAGCUUCAAUUCCUAAUGAGUGUCAACAGAGUUUAAAGUCUUUCUCCCUGACCCAUUCAACCACCACUCCAACAGGAGGAGAGAGGGAUCAUUGUGCUAAUGGAAUGGAUCUUAGUAUAAAUCCAGAGACCCCAACUGUGUGGAUUGAUGAUCAGGCAAAAGCAGAUGAUCAUUUAAUGAAGAGAAAUAGUAAUCAGGAUGAUCAGUGUAAUGCUAUGGAAACAGGAGAAAGGAGAUGUGGAAAUCCAGCCUGCUUGCCAGAAGAGAAAAAUGUUCUAGUAGUGGCAGUCAUGCAUAACUGCGACAGAAGGACUCUACAAAGUGGCAAUUUGCUGGAUUGUAAAAAUUACAGCACUCAGUCCCUAAUGGACACUAUUAGCUUUACACUGGAUAAUGAAAACCGACAGAAUGAUCAGUUUGGUGUUACUGUAAAUGGAUCCACUGAAAAAGAUACAGAUACAGAAAAGCAAGGAGUACAGUUAGAUCGGCUGUAUGCUGAGGCUGACUCUGUUAGCCAUUUGAUUAAUACUUCAUCUGAUAGUCUGUCCAAUGCAUGCCUCCCCCAUCGAUUAAAGGAUGAUUUUAAUAUUAAUAGAGACUCUCUGUUCUCAGAGUCUACAAUUGCAGGGAUUAAUGCAUUGACCUUAUUGCAGAGACCAGUUGGUGGUACUGUUAAAACACAAGAGAGUUGUGCAUCAGUUGAGGAUUUUAUUAGCAGAGGAAUUACUCAAAGAACAGAUCUGGAAGCUAAAAAUUCUUCUCCUAGUUCAAGUAAUGGAAGCUUCAUGAUAGAGGAAACUGUAGAAGAACAAACAUCUCAGCUGUAUCAAUCUGGGCUACCUAUGCGCUCUCAAACGUGUCAGCCUAAUAUGUCUGAAAGUGGCAAUUACAGUGAACGCUUUGAAGAAUGUAUUACUUCCGAGGAUGUUAGUGGUGUGGAAAGUGAAGUCGGUGAAUGUAACAAAAUUCUCAGCACAACUGAAUUGCUCAGUGGGGCAGAGUGUUUCCCUGAAUCUCAGGAGAUGACUAAUUGGGAAUUGACUAAACUGAAUAAUAAGCAAACUCAUGGAGAGAAUGAAAGACUUUUGCAGAUGAAAGAGCCUGAGGAGGCUUGUAGUAAUAGUGGGAAAGAUGGAGAUGGGAUGAUGGAAGCAGGCAUGGACAUAAAGGGGAUUUAUAUAGAUGAGCUUGAAGGGUCCAGUCUCUCUGAUGUUAUGGGUACAUCAGCCGCAAGCUCUCUGUCUAAUGGUUGUGAUUCCUAUGGAAUGCAGAACCCAAUUGUUGCUCAUAUUCCAAAGACUUUACCCUCCAAGGAAGACUCAGUGACAGAGGAAAAGGAGAUAGAGGAGAGCAAGUCAGAAUGUUACACUAAUGUUUAUGAACAAAGAGGAAGUGAGGCUGCUGAUGGGAGUGGUCUCAUUUUAAACAGCACUGGUGACCAAAUGAAGAAAAAUUAUUUACAUAAUCUCUGCAGUCAGGCACCAUCUCUGCAAGGGCAAACAUUACCAAAACCAGUAACUAACCUGCAACCUAUCAGUGUUCCAUUUGGUGGUGCAAGACCCAAACAACCUACAAAUCUUAAAUUGCAAAUUCCAAAGCCAUUAUCGGACCAUUUACAAAACGACCUUGUUCCCCCAAACUGUGGAGGUAAUACUAAAAAUAAAAAUGAUGUCUUUGGUAAAGCAAAAAUAGGGGAAACCUUGGCAGCAGAUAUGUUUCCUGAUGAGACAUCAUUAAAUGCCUCCAUUGCUGAUACCACUGGGGAACAUUUAGAAGAGUAUGAGUCUGGGGUCUCUAGUAGUCCGUGCCUUGCAGUAGCCCCAGAUAGUCCAGAUAAUGAUCUCAGAGCUGGCCAGUUUGGAGCUCCCACCAGAAAGCCAUUUACUACUUUAGGUGAGGUGGCUCCAGUUUGGGUUCCAGAUUCUCAAGCACCAAACUGCAUGAAAUGUGAGGCCAGAUUUACAUUCACCAAAAGGAGGCAUCAUUGCAGAGCAUGUGGGAAGGUUUUCUGUGCAGCAUGCUGUAGUAUGAAAUGCAAGUUGGUGUACAUGGACAGAAAAGAAGCCAGAGUGUGCGUAAUCUGCCAUUCAGUACUAAUGAAUGCUCAAGCCUGGGAGAACAUGAUGAGUGCCUCAAGCCAGAGUCCUAACCCUAACAAUCCUGCUGAAUACUGUUCUACUAUCCCUCCCUUGCAGCAAGCUCAGGCCUCAGGAGCCCUGAGCUCUCCACCUCCCACUGUGAUGGUACCUGUGGGAGUUUUAAAGCACCCUGGAGCAGAAAUGGCUCAACCCAGAGAACAAAGACGUGUUUGGUUUGCUGAUGGGAUAUUGCCUAAUGGAGAAGUUGCUGAUGCAGCAAAAUUGACAGUGGCUGGGACAACUCCUACAGGAACCCUAGCAGUGUCACAUGAUCCAACCAAGCCUGUGACCAACAGCAGUUUAUCAGCAGAGACCGAUAACACUUCUGGAUUCUCGGGAAGUAUAACUCAGGUUGGCAGUCCAGUUGGCAGUGCGAUGAACCUGAUCCCUGAAGAUGGUCUUCCUCCAAUUCUGAUCUCUACUGGAGUAAAAGGAGACUAUGCUGUAGAAGAAAGACCUUCUCAGAUCUCUGUGAUGCAGCAGCUGGAAGAUGGCAGCCCUGAUCCUCUUGUGUUUGUUUUAAAUGCAAAUUUGCUGUCCAUGGUUAAAAUUGUGAAUUAUGUGAACAGGAAGUGCUGGUGUUUCACUACAAAGGGAAUGCAUGCAGUGGGGCAGUCGGAGAUAGUGAUUCUCCUGCAGUGUUUACCUGAUGAGAAGUGUUUGCCGAAGGAUAUCUUUAAUCAUUUUGUGCAACUUUAUCGGGACGCCUUGGCAGGUAAUGUCGUGGGCAGCUUGGGACACUCCUUUUUCAGCCAGAGUUUUCUUGGCAGUAAGGAACAUGGUGGAUUUUUAUAUGUGACAUCUACAUAUCAGUCACUGCAGGACCUGGUGCUCCCAACUCCGCCCUACUUGUUUGGUAUUCUCGUUCAGAAAUGGGAGACUCCCUGGGCUAAAGUGUUCCCCAUCCGACUGAUGUUGAGACUUGGAGCUGAAUACAGACUUUAUCCAUGCCCACUUUUCAGCGUCAGAUUUCGUAAGCCAUUGUUUGGGGAGACCGGACACACAAUUAUGAAUCUUCUUGCAGACUUCAGAAAUUACCAGUAUACGUUGCCAGUGGUCCAAGGUUUAGUGGUUGAUAUGGAAGUGAGAAAAACCAGCAUCAAAAUCCCCAGCAACAGAUAUAAUGAGAUGAUGAAAGCCAUGAACAAGUCUAAUGAGCAUGUUCUAGCCGGGGGAGCAUGCUUCAAUGAGAAAGCAGACUCUCACCUAGUGUGUGUCCAGAAUGAUGAUGGGAACUACCAGACGCAGGCCAUCAGUAUUCAUAAUCAGCCAAGAAAGGUGACUGGUGCCAGCUUCUUUGUGUUCAGUGGAGCUUUAAAAUCCUCUUCAGGCUACCUUGCCAAGUCCAGCAUUGUAGAAGAUGGUGUAAUGGUCCAGAUAACUGCUGAGAACAUGGACUCUUUGAGGCAGGCUCUGAGAGAGAUGAAAGACUUCACUAUUACUUGUGGCAAAGUAGAUGCUGAAGAGCCUCAGGAACACGUUCAUAUUCAGUGGGUGGAUGAUGACAAAAACUUUAACAAGGGUGUUAUAAGCCCCAUUGAUGGCAAAUCCAUGGAGUCUAUAACCAGUGUGAAGAUAUUUCAUGGCUCAGAGUAUAAAGCAAAUGGAAAGGUCAUUAGGUGGACGGAGGUGUUCUUUCUGGAGAAUGACGACCAACAUAAUGGUCUAAGUGACCCAGCAGAUCAUAGCAGACUGACUGAGAAUGUGGCCAAGGCUUUCUGUUUAGCUCUCUGUCCUCACCUUAAGUUAUUGAAGGAAGAUGGAAUGACUAAGUUAGGUCUGCGUGUUACACUUGACUCGGAUCAAGUUGGCUAUCAAGCUGGGAGUAAUGGACAGCCACUGCCCUCUCAAUACAUGAAUGAUCUGGACAGUGCCUUAGUUCCAGUGAUUCAUGGAGGAGCAUGUCAGUUGAGUGAGGGGCCAGUCAUAAUGGAGCUCAUCUUUUAUAUUCUGGAAAACAUCUCAUAAGAGGACUUCAUUUUCUGUUCAGACCUGUUCCAGCAGCAGUUGUAUCUGAAUCAUUUGCACUUUAAAACUGGAAGAUUAAGCUUUUGUUAACACUAUUGGGGGGCGGGGGGAGUUGUUCCAUAAUUCUAAAUCUUCUAUGCAUUGUCAACAAACAGAGGAUCAGGGCAGCUUCUAUACUACAAAAUGUCUAUGCUAUCCUUGCAGCUCAUACAGUUCUGUUAGAAAAAUAAUGCUCAUAUUUAAAGACUUAAUUACAGUCAUGUACUCUAAAUGCUCAAACGGGUGCAAAGAUCACUGGGGUGAAAAUAAAAGAUGAAAUGUCAAAUUUGUACUGUUUCUAGAUGGACAUGUAAGAAGAAACAAUCAAGACCUCCAUUCUGACCUCAUCAUAAUGCCAUUUGUGGUUAUUCUGUAGACAUUAAAAAGUAAUGUUUACAUUAUUUUGACCAGAUUAUUGGUUGAAGUACAUCAGAGACACUUUAGGAUAUGCCUAGAGCAAUGCAUGGGAAGGAUACCUAGCCAAAAAAAAUGGCAUAUGAGGCUGACCCAUUAUUCAUUCUGAAUGAAAGAACGGGCAUAUCUUGGAGAGUGGUAUAUAAUUUAAACUUGCAGUUUUGUGUGUAUAUUAGGCUAGUAUACUUAUUUUUUCCCUACUUGUUACAAAAAUUGUCACCUCAGAUUUCUCAGAACCUAGAAAAACGUUGCCAUUCCGUAUUUUGUUUACGAAUCUGUAUGAAUGUCAAUGGUAUACACCUGUCACAGGUAAAAGAAAAGUUAGCCCUAAAGUGCGGUUAUGGUAUUCCUGUUCCCUGAGUAGGUCCUGCUUUAUAAAGAAAAGUAACACCCAGGGCACUUUUGUAAGUCUCCUCAUUGCUGUAGACUAUAGUGUAACACUAGUGUCAUGUAACACAAUUUGCACUUAACACUUCAUAUUAGCAGCACCAUGUAAUGCUUACCCCCAUAACAAAAGCACAAAGUGGCUGUUGUUGCAUGUUGUGCUAAAAGAGAGGCUUUUGGUUCAGCUCAGAAAACUUGCACUUGGCUCACCUACAAACAAAGGGCAGUUGAGAGGGGAGCAGCUGCUCACUUCUGCUACACAGCAUUAGGAAAACGAGGAACAGCCAAUAAGAAUGUAGUUCCACAUUCUUCCUAAAUCAAAUUUCCAUCCAAAGAAAACGGCUAGUAAGUGGAAAGAGCUGAAAGCAGGAGUAAUGAGCUGGUUUAGCCAUGCAUUGGAGCUGCUACUUGACUGUUAUGACCCUCUUCAUGGAGAUAACAGGCACGUCUAACAAAACACCAGUAAAUGUUUUUUUUGGAAUGAGAAACACUGUUAAAGCAGUAUUUUAGUGAGUCUUUGAAUCUGGCCACCUUUUAGUGGGGACAUCAGUCAAUCCUGAUUUGUAACUAAUUUGCACUGUGGUUGAGUAAUGUGGAAAGAGCAGCAUUUGUAGAAGAGCUAGAAGUAAGCUGAUACUGUGCUUUAAGCAAGCAAAUAGACAUAGCAGUUGGGAGAAGGGAAACAACUGUACAGGUAGCAAUGUAUUUUACAAAAAGGUACAACAGCUGUAUAGGUGCUGAAUGGAAUUGUGAAUAAAUGGCUACUGCUUUUUAAAAAAAGUAAAACUAUCACAUACAGUCUAGAAAAUUCCAGCUGCCACCUCAAGACAUGGAAGAGUUGUAGAACUAGGUCCAACUGAAUUAGUAAAAACAAUCACUGGACAGGAGAGCACUUAGUCUCACUUUUUGUUUGUCAUUUGGUAAUAGGUGGCCAUGUGCUACUCUUAAAAUGUUUCUGGCUGAUCAAAGUUUAAGUUCCUAUACAGCAAUCCAAGAGGCUUCCUGCAUUUUGAUUUGUUUUGCUAUAAAGAAAUGUAAUUAAAUUUGACUUGAGUUACUUUUAAAUUCCCUACAACACAUUUUGUUUUUGCACACUCUUGAGUGUUGAUAUACAUGUCUACAGAGUAAGUAAAACUCUGUCUGAAAGCUCUUUUGAUUGACAACUACCAUAAAAUCCUACUGCUGGAAACUCCAUUCCAGCUUUGCCACAGCAGAAGUUUUUCCAGUUACUUGAGUUCCAUUAAGUUAUGCUUAUUGAGGCUAAAAAACAAUCUGCUCUUCCUUACCCCUAGGAGUCACUUAGGUUUGGGUUAUGGUUGUGCAAAACACUAUUGACUGGUGACUGACUUGUUUGCUUCAAUCAUAGCCUUUUAAAUGACCUUAAAAUUACCAUAUUGUUAAGAAAAUGAGUACUUGUUUUAGAAAAAAAUUGUACUUUUAAAAUUCAGUUAGUUAACACUGCAAAAAACUGCAUAUUAUAUUUUUAUUUUCAACAUGUAGUUUUGUAUAUUAAAUUUAUUGAAAUUAAAAA